AGGAACCAAGGAAGGAAGGAAGGGUGCGACGGGGGCAAAGAGAAAUGGAGAUUGAGUAUGGGGACAUCACGAGCGACGAGGCUGUUGGCUUUUGCCUGCCGGAUCCUACGAAGGCCAGGGAAGACACCCUGAGCUUGCUGCAGGCGAUGAUCAGGAACCGAUGCGAGAAUUUUGGCGACGGGCUUUGCAAGGAAAGCAGAAGCAUCAAGGUUCUUCAGGACUAUCUCGAGGCACACGGGCUGCAGACAGAGCGUCACGCGAAACCAGAACGGCCAGAACGCCACAACAUUCUUUCCAGCAUCGGGUCCGGCUCCCCCAGAGUGAUGCUUGGCCCGGCACACGUGGACGUCGUCCCCGUCACCCCGGAUGACGCCUCCCAGGUUCCGCCGGUGUACAGCGGCUGGGACGAAGAUCCCUGGUCGGGGACGGUGACGGAUGGCGAGGUGUUCGGGAGAGGCGCGGUUGAUAUGCUCAACACCGUAGCAGCCAUGGCAGUGGCAUUCGUAAGCAUCAAGGAGAGCGGAGUGGCGCUAAACGGGACCCUUUUGUUCUGUGCCGUGAGCGACGAGGAGGCUGGGGGGGAAGACGGAGCCAAGUUUAUCUUGAGCGAUCCGGGACUGAAGCAUCUGUUCAACGCCGACUACUGCGUCACGGAGCUUGGGGGAGCGUCUAUCCCCGACUUCAGGCUGCGGCCCACGCUGUCGUUUUUCCAGAGCACCGCAGAGAAGGGCACGACCAAGGUGGAGGUAAAGCUAAGGGGGAGACCAGGCCAUGGCUCUGUUCCCAGGGCCGCAGACAACGCGCUUGUUAGGGCCGCGGAGGUGGUGAUGCGGGUACAUGCCUACAGCGCGCCCACGGUCAUCACACCAGAAUGGAAAGGAUUCGUGAAAGCAUUGCAGCUUCCGGGACCUAUAGAGUGGCUGCUGACCUUUCCACCGCUGCUGCCGCUAGUCCUGAUGGUUCUGCUCAAGAUUGGCAGUCCCAUUGCACCAGUGGGGCACGCGUUGACGCGGCUAACGAUGUCCCCCAACGCUCUUGUUGGAGCGGUGAAGGACAACGUCGUGCCUGGUGUCUGCACGGUGGCUGUGGAUUGCCGGACCCUGCCUGGCCAAAGCGAGGAGUAUGUGUUGGACCACGUGAGGAAGGCGCUAGGGUCCGACAUAGCCAGUGAUGUCGACCACUGCAGUAUUGGAGCACAAUCCCACAUACCCGCGUCGAGGUCGGAGCCUGACACGCCCUUGUGGAAAGCUAUGGAAAAGGCAGCUUCGGCGGUGAUCAAAGGCGCCUCACUCGUGCCAGUGAUGUUGCCGGGGGGUACGGACUGCAGAUAUUACCGCGGGAUUGGAGGGGCCGUUGCGUACGGUGCCAACCUUCUAGAACCUUCCAUGACUUUCGGUGAUUUGACAAAGCGGUUCCAUGGUGAAAACGAGCGCAUUGGCCUGCGGUCGCUUUGGACGAGCGUGCAGUUCUACUCUCUGAUGGUGAAGAACCUAAUGGUUGCCGAGUGAUCAUGCUUGGCGACGGGAUGCUUUAGGUAAUUCAAGAACAGGGGUUACGUUUCCUUCCGUUGAAUCUCGCCCUGGGUACUCUGCACAGGCUGCGUGACUGGAGGCUUUCGCCAAGAACCCGCGAGUCAUUGAUAGAUCCGAAGAAGGUGUUUUGGCGGGAGACAUGGUGCCGCUCGUGCGGCGGACUUUGGCCUUUUUCUUUGCUUGUGUAGAGUGGCCAUAGGAGGUCAUCAAUCACUCUUGUUCGGGAGGGCGAAAAGGUUGAGUUGUGCCUGAGUUGUGCAGCGAAUAGUCCAUGACGGAGAGUUCGUGUUGCAUGUUUGGCAUACCGCAUAGCAGCAGGGUCGGCUGUACACCCCGUGUUAAGGAAGUGCAAAAGUCACCAACGUUUGGUAACCCUUCCUUUAGUCCGCCUUCCCCAAGAACGGCUAAAAAUGUACAGGGAACGUAGGGGUCACGCCCCGAAAAGGAACGGGACACAGCACCAACGCGUCGUAGCGAACGCAUGUACGAGGGUUUCAUUUCAUACAUUAGGCCGAUCUCCUACGGUUUUGCAGUGGGCUUUAUUCAGAUUUGAACCUCGAUACACUCCCGGCCAACCGAUGCCAUGAAGUAAUAAUCAGACUAGUUAGGGCGACAAAUGCACCGUAUCUUGCAGGAAACGUUUCCCACCAAACCCGUAGCACAAACGCACCGCUGUACAACAGCAGUAGUACGAUUCCACCACACCAUAGGAAUGCCCGGUUGAUAGCCCUCCUAUCCUACGAUCUCCUCUACAACAUGGACCCUUGACACGGCCACCAAAAAAAAACAGACACGUGACAACCGCGAUACUAAUAAACGCUCGGCGAAAGUAAAUGGGUGGAAGGAAAGAGAUGGAAAUCCGAUCUUGCUUACUAUCGAAAUCCCUGCUGUAACAACCCGGGCCGCUCUUUCGUACAGCCCGCGUUCUCUAUCCGUUUGUCUUCCUUAAGAGGAAAAUUCGUACGAUUGCAGCAAGCAUGGUGAAUGUGUCGAGCCUAUCCACCCUGGAAGAACAUUAAAACAAUCAUAUUUCAGUUUUGGAUCUCAACACGUUUCUCUCCCAAGGCAAACAUUGUUGAUUGCUGCUGCCUUCACGCCAAUACUGCUCAGCCCUCAGUCCAUUAUCAACAUACGCCGCUUGGAUGAUGGAUAAAUUACACGUAAAUGGCGUCUACAGGCUUGAGCAAUCAUAUCUCAACAACGAUCCCGCGCAAAACACCGCAAAAACAGAGCGCCAACAAGCUUGGACCGAGGGCGCUGAAAACAACUACCCGCCACAGCCUCCUUUGCCCCACAAUCAGACCACACGGCAGCCUCGCCCGCGUCCAUUAAGUAACAAAAACGUUCGGACUCGGCC